UUUCCCGUCCCAGCCCCUGAUUUUCCCACCUCUAUUCUAAUAGGCUUUCCCCUCUUCUGUGCAGCCCUUCGGCUGCAUAGGCAAAGCACAAGCCCUUGCCCAGCAUCACCUGGAUCCCUUCCCCACCCACCCAGUGUCUCUCAAAAGCAACUCUGGUGCUUCUGGAGGUUAAUUGCCCCAGUUUUCUGCCCAGGAGAAUUAAAACUUCUCCCACCCUCCUCUCUUCCCCUCUUCACCUCCCCCAGCCCCUCAAAACCAACCUCCUGCUACCUAAGGAAAACUCUCUUUUCUCUCUAGCACAUGCAGUCCUCAAUUCUUCACUGAGCUCGUUUGCUCUAAGCCCAGCUCAGUCCACUCCAAAUUUUGUUGAUAACCUUCCUUACCCUUUUAUAUGAAGAAAUUUCCCACUGCCUGGGAAUUUGAGAAAAACCCAAUAAGCCUCUUCCCGGGGAACUUUCUAACAGUUAGAUUUUGAUCUCAAGGCCCUAACAGCCCAUCCUCAACUUUUUCUUUUCUAUCCCCCUGCCUGUAACCAGUGCUACCGGGUCAAAAGCAAAAAGGGAGACAUGCUGAAAGCUUAAGGUUUGGGUAGAGGUAGGAGGGGCAAGACAAUUUUCUGUUGGGCUUUCCAGAUAGAGUUCAGGACCGGUGACUCUCAGUUGCCAGUCCUGGGAGCCAUUUAUUUGCUACUUGGAGGGGAUGUAAGAGGAGCCAGCAAGAACGAAGACUCCCUCCAUCAUAACACAGAUACACUGUGGACCCCCCAGACCAUCCUAUCCUCCGCAAAGACUCCACCUGCCCCUACCGGGCUCUCUGCUUCCACUGGGCACAUGCUGAUGCCCCUGAGUGGGCUGCUGCGGUGGUGGUGCUGCUGUGCCUGGCACUGCUGUGGAUUGUGCACCCCAGCCCCCCAGAUGUUGCGCCACCAGGGUCUACUCAAGUGCCGCUGCCGUAUGCUCUUCAAUGACCUGAAGGUUUUCCUCCUGCGGCGCCCCCCUCCAGUGCCCCUGCCCAUGCACGGGGAACCCCAGCCCCCUGGUUUGGCUGCCAACAACAACACGCUUCCGGCUCUGGGUGCCGGCGGGUGGGCAGGCUGGAGGGGCCCUCGCGAAGGGGUGAGCAGGGAGACCCCUCCCCUGCCACCUCCACCACCUUUGCCUCCUUCUGUGGAAGAUGACUGGGGCGGCCCAGCCACAGAGCCACCUGUCUCGCUGCUCAGCAGUGCCUCGUCAGAUGACUUCUGUAAAGGGAAGCCUGAGGAUCGCUACUCCCUGGGCAGCAGCCUGGAAAGUGGCAUGAGGACCCCACUCUGCCGCAUCUGCUUCCAGGGGCCGGAACAGGGGGAGCUGCUGAGCCCGUGCCGCUGCGCCGGCUCGGUCAAGUGCACGCACCAGCCUUGCCUCAUCAAGUGGAUCAGCGAGCGGGGCUGCUGGAGCUGCGAGCUCUGCUAUUACAAGUACCACGUCAUCGCCAUCAGCACAAAGAACCCUCUGCAGUGGCAGGCCAUCUCUCUGACAGUCAUCGAGAAGGUUCAGAUUGCAGCUGCCAUCCUGGGUUCCCUCUUCCUCAUCGCCAGCAUCUCUUGGCUCAUCUGGUCGACCUUCAGCCCCUCAGCAAAAUGGCAGCGCCAAGACCUCCUCUUCCAGAUCUGCUAUGGGAUGUAUGGAUUCAUGGACGUGGUGUGCAUAGGCCUCAUCAUCCACGAGGGACCCUCUGUGUACCGCAUCUUCAAACGGUGGCAGGCUGUCAACCAGCAGUGGAAAGUGCUGAACUAUGACAAGGCGAAAGACCUGGAGGAGCAAAAGACAGGAGGCAGGACCAACCCCCGGACCUCCUCGUCCACCCAGGCCAACGCCCCCUCCUCAGAAGAGGAGGCCGCGGGCACCCCUGCCCCCGAGGAGGGCCCCGCCCGGGCGGCCAGCCACCCCUCAGGCCCCCUGUCCGAUCACCACUGUGCUUACACCAUCCUGCACAUCUUGAGUCACUUGCGACCUCAUGAACAGCGGACCCCGCAGGGCGGCAGCCGAGAGCUGGUCAUGAGGGUCACGACGGUGUGAGCCGAGAGACCUGCGAGGGAGCCGUGACCACGCACGUGCAAGAGAGAGCGAGCUAGAAGAGGAUGGGCCGGGAAGGGCUCGCCCCAACACGAUGCCACCGCCGUCUGGGCAG